UUCCAAAAUUAUUUUUUAUCCCACUUGUCACGUGAUCUUAAAAUGGUGGACGUAAACUUUUGCAAGUUUCGAUACACAAACCAACAACAUUAAACAAAUGUAUCACAAUUAAGGGGUGACGUGGUCAAAAGUCUAGAAGAAAUGAAAUCCAUUGAAGCUAAAGUUGUAGUAUUAGGAUCUCAGGGUGUAGGUAAAACCAGUGUAGUUAUCAGAUAUGUUGGUGGUAUGUUCAGUAAAGCUGUUAGUCCAACCAUUGGGGCAUCAUUCUUCACAUAUAAAAUGACAUUAGACAACUAUAGGAUUAAGUUACAAGUAUGGGAUACAGCAGGACAGGAGAGAUUCAGAUCUAUGGCACCAAUGUAUUACAGAAAAGCUAAUGCAGCCAUGUUGAUAUAUGAUAUGACAUCAGCUGAUAGUUUCUAUGAUAUUAAAGACUGGGUUAGUGAACUAAAGAAGAAUAUUGAUACCCCUAUUGUGAUGUGUUUGGUUGGUAAUAAGAAUGAUCUUAGUGAUAUAAGAGAAGUCUCCACAGAAGAUGCUAUGGAAUAUGCCUCAUCAAUUGGUGCUUUGUAUUGUGAAACAUCAGCACUAAAAAAUACAGGAAUCGACGAUGCAUUUUUACAAGUAGCACAACAAUUAGUAAAACUUUAUGAAACUUCACCAAAUAGUGGCCUCCAUACAAUAGACCUUCAGGACAAUUCAUCAAGACCAACUAGUUCAUCCCCUGGAAUGAAAGUGGACUCUCCCAAGAAGCAGACAGCACAAUCUACUAAUUCAGGAGGAGGGUGUGGUUGUUGAUUUGUUGUAUAUUGUGUUACAUGUAUAUCUAUUUAUAUAUGUUUAUA